AUGAAUACAGUAACUAAGAAAACACGUCUUGGUAGCCUCAGGCUUUACAAGUUUGAUGUGCCCUCUGAGUCUAAUGUUGUAGUUAUAUUAAUAAGUCAUGAAGCUUAUCUUUCAGGUUUUCGAAUGCAAUUGACGAGAUGCAGAGGAAGAGGAAGAAAUUCAAAAGCUGGAAUGUCUAAAUCAUUUGUAGAGUUGAUUACAUGGUUCUUCCUCUUUGACCGCAAGGAUUGCUACAUAAAUAACCAGAUAUUUGCCUACAUAGCCUCUAACUUAUGUUUCAAGGAUUUUGAGAUCGUACCUCCUGCAUAUGCAAGAACCAGAUUUGUACCAAUUGCUCCACCAACAACGGAGAUCAUAGAUUGCUACCAAAGUUCGGAAUUGUGUAUUCUCUGUGAAAAAGGGUAUCCGAAGGAAGAUGAGAUUGUUCAUAAAACAAAAUGCAAUCACAUCUUUCACGGAACUUGUAUCUCUCUUUACUUGUUGCGUACUCCCCAGUGUCCCGUUUGUUCCGCUCACUUGCCACCUGUCGACAUUCGAACUCUACUCUUUGACUAA